UCACAGUCGCGUCAUGAUCUUUGCUAUGGCAACGCGUUUACGUUAUCCUAAACAGCAGCAGCAGCAACUCCUCAACAUAAGGAGCAGCAAUCGCCCGCUGAGCCUGUUUACGCAGCGUUGGCUCUGCCUGCUUGCAACCGCGCUCAUUCUUAUGCUGCAAUUGUCUUACAGCACUGCACAAUCACAGCCACGCAGCGGCAGUCGCCGCCCCGCCAGCAAGUCAACUGUAGAGGAUACGAGCGAACGCGCCGCCGCCGCCGUUGUGCCCGAUCAGCUGGCUCUGGCCGCCAGUCGCAGCAGCAACGGACAUGGACAUGAGCGUGCCUAUCCCCGUCGUGCUGGCGCUUCCUCUGCCUCGCGUGCCAAGGAGCCAGCAACAGACUUUAGCUAUGGACAAGUGGAACUGAAUCUAAUACGUCCAGAGCAUGAAAGUUCCUCGCUGCCGCCGCAGUCGGUCUAUUAUGGCGCCAGCGGCAGCAGCAGCACUGAGCAGACGUUGGAGGAUGCAGAGACCGCCGCAGAGUAUGUGGCCAAUGCUAUGAAGCUGGCCUAUGGCAGCAGACAGAAGCAGCAACCGCAGCAACAACAAUCGAAGCAGCAGUCGAAGCAGCAAGCGUUGGCGCAGGCAGCGCUGCUGGAGGCGCAAAUGCAGGCUGAGCUGCAGGCACAGCUGGCACAGCAGCAGGCGCUGCUGCUGCAAGCAGAGCAGGCAAUGGCUGUGUCCAGCACUUCAGCUGCGCCCGCACCAGCGCCCGUCUAUGAGAAGGAGUCGCUGCCACGCAACUAUCAAAUCUAUGAAGCUGACCAGCAACAGCAGCUACAUCAGCAUCAGCAGCAGCAGCAGCAUCAGCAACAGCAGCAAGGAGCAGGGCAGGAUAUAGAGCGUUUGUAUCGCACCAAGUACUACAGUUAUCCGCCGGCGCCGCAGUCGCAGCCACAGCCAUAUCGCCACAUUGAGGAGGAGGCGGAGGAGAAGGUGCGCGUCUCGGCAUCCACGGAGAUACCCAAGGCGGAGAUAAUGAAGCAGAUUGAAAAGUCCGUCAUCAAGUAUAUGAAGGAGCUGGAGGCAGAGGGCAAGAUCAUCACCACGCCGCAGGAGCUGGCCACCAGCACAGUGGGCAAAAGCUACUAUAAGCUGGCCAGCGAGGAGCAGAAGCAGGAGCAGCGCUUUAGCAGCAGCACACUGCGUCCCAAGAGUCGUGUGCCCGUUUCCUCCCUAUCCUCCUCCUCCUCCUCUUCGUCCUCCUCGUCCGCCACCAAGCAGAAGCCUCCACGCUAUCAGUCGGAAACAGAAACCGCCUACCAGGCGCCCGAUAUCAAUGCGGACUCAAUGGCGCCCAAUGUGGAGUUCAUCUAUAAAAUUAAGACGCGUGCACCAUUGCAAACGGCCACAGUGAAAACGGUGAGCAAGCCGUAUACGCUGCCACUAAAAUCCACCUCAGAGCACUUUGAUCAUGGCGCCGCCCUGAAGAACAUUGAAGAGUUCGACUUGUCGCAUGUCGUGAGCACGCCAGAGCGCGAGGAACUGGAGCAGCAAGAGCGCGAACGUGCCACUAACAAGCCACACAAGCUCUACUUCAACUCGGACAUCUAUCACGACAUCAACUCGCUGCCCUACAAGGGGGACAAGCUGCGCCAGGCGCAUGGCCAUGCACCAGCUCUGGAUUAUCGCCACAAACUCAAGUCGGAGGGCUAUACGGGCUACUUUGCCGAGCCGGGCAACAGUGGCGGCAGCAGCAGCAGCUUGGAGCAGCCGCUCAGUCAGGAAUCGCAUAGCGAUGAAACCUAUACGCCGCAAUAUCAGUAUGUGCUCAAGAAGGAGCCGCUCUCUAGCAAGUAUGAGGAGGAGCGUGAUAGCUGGGAGCAAUCGCUGCGCUUGGCACAUGCCAAGUCCCAUGCCAGGCCACAUGCUCAUCAGCAUGCGCAUGCUCAGGCCCAUGCACAUCAUGGGCAUUCGCAAUCCCCAACCCACUCACAUUCACUAGCAGCCGCUGCCAGCAGCCUGGACUAUGACAGCUACAGUCCCAAGUUCAACAACAAUCCCGAGGGCUAUGGCUACCAGCACACCUACAAGAGUGCCAGACUGCAGGGCGCCAACGCAGGCAGCACGGGCAGCGCUGCUUCAGCUGAGGCCGGCGGCAGCGGCGCUGUGGGCAAGCGUGGCAAACGUGGUAACGGCAACGGCAAGAAGCUGCUGCGCGUCAAGGAUCUGGAGGCAAAUUUGGCGCUGCGACCGCCGCCCAAGAAUUAG